ACACAGGAGGUGAUAAAUGCAGCGGAGGUCGCGCGUGACGGGCUGCAGUCUUGCAGGCCGCACACCGGGAGCACUGGAGAAAUUUGAUCGAAUCUGAGUCAACAGAAUGGGCAAAGUGCACUUUUAUGCCAUCUGGUCCUUACGUGAAGCACCUCGUCAGUUUAUACGAAAUGUCAACCGUAUGAUGUACCAGGUUCAGAUGCCGUUACCUUUACCGAAGCAGCUGAUAGUAUUUGGUUUAGGGGAAUGGUCAUCCUUCUCCAGUGACACUGAGAUCUCUGUGGAGGUUCUGCUGGGUCCAGAGGUCAAAUCACAGGUCAUCGGGACUCUUUCACCUCACUCCAGGUGUCUGAUCUGGCAAGGAGUUUGGACUCCUGAACUCCUCAGUGAAGCCACACAGAGAGGCAGGAGAGGAGUUUAUGCCAAAGUCAUGCUCAGCAUCAAUGGACAGGUGAGAUCCAGUUUUAUCAGCAGCACUCCACGAGUGAGGAGGAAACGUCUAGCGCUGAACCACUCCUCCAAUCCGUCCAGCACCCUUCUCAGCAGUGGAGAGAGUCAUGAUAUCACCCAGAGAUCACCUCCCGAAGGAAGCGUCAGCUGUGCGGAGCUGGGCACAAGCAAAAUGGAGACAAGGGAAAACACUCUACUCAAUGUUCAGGGCGUGUGGCCAAUGGAUAAAACUCCAAGACGCUCCAUUAUAGGAAUAAAGGGGUAUGUUUGGAGUUCUGAAGAACCGGAAAGCCCUCGGGAUCCAAACCGAGUUUCAAGCCCGAAGAAACGCAAACUGCGUAAAAUGUCUGCAGUAGAUUUAGAGGACGAGACUGCCAUCAAACGUGUCAAGAGUUGCAGGGCUGGUAAAGACUGUCCGUCAAAGCGCUGGAGCCACGCAAUGUGUUUGAGUGAUCCUGAAACGGCCAUUCUGAUUGGUGGAGAGGCUGAUGACCAGGCCAGUUGUAAAGACUCGAUAUGGAAAUUGGAGAUUGACAAUGAUUUCUGGUUCCCCAUGGACGUCUCAUCAUCUGAUGUCAGUCCACCAAGCGCACAAGGUCACACUGCAACCUUUGAUCCCGAGUCUAAAGUCGUCUAUGUGUACGGUGGUCUGAGAGACGGCCAGCGAUACAAUGAUAUUUAUGUACUGGACACUAAAACAUGGAAGUGGAAGCUUAUUUCUGCAAAGGGAAAUAUCCCGUCAUUGGCAUAUCACAGUGCCACAGUCUAUAAGAAGGAGCUGUAUGUUUUUGGAGGGGUGCAGCCCAGCCGAUGUCCUGAAGGCAAGGUUUGCAGUAACGCAUUGUACAUCUUUAACCCAGAACAUGGUCUGUGGUAUCAGCCGAUUGUGGAGGGUGACCGUCCUCUGCCCAGGUUUGGGCACUCCACCACGCUGCUGUCCAACAAGAUGAUCAUUUUUGGUGGGAGAAAAACCGCCACCUACCUCAAUGAUCUUCACAUCUUGGAUCUAGGCUUCAUGGAAUACACUGCUGUAAAGUACGAGAACAUGCCACCAUUGGCCCGUGGGUUUCACGCUGCUCUACCCUUGUCUGACAACAGGGUGCUGAUCAGCGGAGGCUGCAGUGCUGUAGGAGCCCUACAGGACCUCCAUCUCUUCAACAUAGAUACCAGCUCCUGGACAUCAGUGGUGUCCCCAUUGCUUUGCUCUAAGCCUCGCGCAGGCCACAGUCUGAUAAGCCUGGGUGGUACAAAGGCUUUAUCUUCAGACCCGAGGGAUGCAAGGGAUCGCCAUCAUGGCAAGAGCCUCUCUUUUCAAUGUACCAUUCUAGUGUUUGGAGGGUCCGAUUGUUUAGGAACCUUUUAUAAUGACACCAUUAAAUGCAUGGUUGAACUCCCUGUUUAGGAUCAGGGACUACGGGAUUUUUUUAAGAAAUUAAUGUAGGGUACUACAGGAACGUAAUGGAAAAAAUUGGAAAAUGAGAAGCACUUUUAUCGUUUGUUUUUUAACGUUGCAGUUUUAGCAUGAACAGCUGUUUUACAGCUACCGUUUUAAUAGUGAUUUCCUUAAAAGCAAGCAAAGCCUUCACUCUCACUUGAAUGUGUAGUUCAGAUUUGUAUUUAGUACAUUCAGAGACUCAAUGUAUUUUUGUGCAAUAAAUGUUUUCUCUUAUUUUGCACGUAUUUUA